AUGAGGUCCUCCUUCAGCCUCCAUGUUCCCAAAGCUCUGCCUCCUCUUCCCACUACACCACAUGGGACUACUUCUCUCUUCUUUGCUUCCAAGCACAAAAAAUCAUACCACAAAAACAGUCAUUGCCAAUCACUGCGUGUAACAUGCAGCACCCAUAAACCAGAAAAUGAUGUCAGUCUAAAGUAUACCAAUUUGGCACUGCAUAUAGGAGCACUCUUGGCCUUGGCUGAGCAGCCAGUAUUAGCAGUGACUGGAGAGAAUAACCGGCAAGAACUAUCCUUGGUUUUGACACAAUGGGGGAUUGUUUUGUUUGUUUAUUUCCUUGUCGUGCCACCAAUAAUCAUGUUCUGGCUUUGGAAAAGAUGGUACAGAAGAGGGUUGCUGGAGAUGUAUUUCCAAUUCAUGUUUGUCUUCAUUUUCUUUCCAGGGGUUAUUCUUUGGGCACCAUUUUUAAACUUCAGGAAAUUCCCACGGGACCCUUCCAUGCAGUACCCUUGGUCUGUACCCGAAGAUCCUUCAAAAAUUAAAAGUUCAUACUUUAAGUACCCAUAUGCCGAACCUGAAGAUUAUGAUAAUCUAUAA